UCUGCAAAGUCUUUAGCACUUCCGGUGUCAUGUCUGCGCACACGUGGAGUUCAUGUUAUAUUAGAUUAUAGAGGUGUAUUUUAUUAUUUGUGUGUAAUAUAGUAGUACUGCCCUGAUGAUUGGCUUGUUUAGACUUUCUAAUCACAGGCGGAGUUGAUUUACAGCGUUAACUACCGGUAUAGAGCACAACAGCGUGUGCUGAUUAGCUAACAAAGCAGAAGUAAGUAGUUUUGGAUCUUUUAUGACAAUUAGUACAAUGUCAGAAACAGCAUCGGAGAAGAGCCGUGGACUGAAAUUUGCUGAGCAACAGCUUCUCCGUCACGGCUGGGAGCAAGGUAAAGGUCUUGGAAGGGGUGAGAACGGCAUCUCUGAAGCAAUCAAAGUUAAAGUGAAAUGCGACAAAGGAGGGGUUGGCCAUAAAGAAAGUGAGCAAUUCACAUUUCACUGGUGGGAUCAUGUGUUUAACAAAGCAUCUGCCAACUUGGCUGUGGAGUCAGACCAGAAUGGGGUGGUGGUGAAGAAAAUGGAGGAAGAAGAAGAUGGAAUGAUUUCUAACAAGAAGCCACGAAAGGCCAUGAUGAACAAGUCAAUGCUUUAUGGAUUCUUUGUCAAGUCUGCGACGCUCCUGUCAGGGCAGGAACAGCCUGAAGUAAGAUCAUCUGGCUCUGAGGACAGUAGCUCUGAGGAUGAAGAGAAGUUAGACCUUUCCAGCACCAAGAAUUUAUCUGAUGCACAGCUGAUGAAAGCAUGCGGAGGACGAACUGCACAUAAAGGUGCCAGACAUGGUCUUACAAUGAGUGCCAAGCUAGCCAGACUGGAGCAACAAGAGCAGGAGUUCAUGGCAAAAUAUGGCAAGAAGAAGCAGAUGGACAAAACCACACCUUUGACUGAACCGGCACUCACUGAGCUUAGUUCUGCACUAGACCAGGAGAGGGCAGAGAGAACCGAACAGAAGAAAGCCAAAAAAAAGAAGCAGCGCUCAGAUGAGCCCAAAGAGAAUGGCGUCCAAGACAGCAGUGAAGCUUUACAGGAGCACAAUGACGAGAUAUUGAAAAAGCGAAAGAAACGGUCAAAAGACAAAGGAGAUUUGGAAUCAAAAGAUGCAGCUGAUUCUUUUGUGGACCCUGAAUCAAAGAGAAAGAAGAAAAAAAACAAACUUUUGCAGGAAAAGGAAAGUACAGAGAUGCAAGAAGAGAUAACUGAACACCCUCAAACAGAGGACAGCGUCUCCAAGAAGAAGAGGAAGAAGAAAAAACACACUGUGCUGGUCAGUGAGGAGUCUGCAGAAAUAACAGAGAGUCAUGAGCAGCAUGAAGAGGGCACUGCUGAGCUUCACCCAGCACCUGAUGCCUGCAAGAAGAGGAAAAAGAAAUCCUCCAAAGCAAAUAAAGACAAGUCGCCAGCUACAGAAAUGGACAGCUGCUGUAGUUUAGACACCAGUACAGUAGAGAUUGUAGAGAAAGAACAAUCCCAGUCAAAAAAAAGAAAAAGCAGAGAAGUGGAACCGGAGGCGGAGACUGAGAAUAGAUCCGUAAAUCAACCAUCUGAAAAAAAGAAGAAGAAGAAAAAGAAGCAUGCUGAGUGAUGUGGUUUUCUGGUGAAUUAUAUAAAUAUGAUGCUGUAUUUUGAACUAUGACUGGAAGUUGUAUGCAUGCUCAUUCAUGUAGUUGUCAGAUCAGUCAUGAAGAUGCAGGUCACAAGCUUCAGUUAAUGUUCACAUCAAACAUCACAAUGAAAAAAGUGUGAUUUCUGAUUUGUGCUGCAUAAAGUGGAUGAUGAGUGAAUUUAUGGUCUGAAAUAUUAUACCUCGAGAUCCCUUUUUUUUUUUAAAGGGGAUCUAACCUUGGUGCUAUUUGUACUGCAUUGAGUCAUGAAUUUUUUUUUAAUUCAUUUGUCUAUCCUGUUCUUAAUGAGUGCAUUUCAGGCCUGGUUCAUUCACAUCAAGUCCUCUCAACUCAAUGACUUAUGCAGUGAACAAUUUUAAUCAUUUUUUUAAUAUAAAUUUUUAAUUUACUGCAUUUAUAUUUUAGAUUUAAAGGCCAUUUUGUUGAAAUAUACAUUUUAAUUAACAUUUUGAUUUCACAUAUCCUGUAUCAGUAUGAUCUAACAGUCUGUUUCUGUUGCUUACAGUCAAAAUAUAAACAAAGCAAACAUGACCAUAAAA